GAGAUGCGGGAACUCCACUCCACUCCAGUUUGCUGAAAAAAGAGCCAGGCAGGCAGUGUGAUUUGCGUAUCCAUCUUUCCCGUUUGAGGAAACAGAUCGGGCGCCAGAAGCAAAAGGAGUCUCGCGUAAAUCCAAGCCUCAACAACCAACUACCUAAGCUAGCGAGGGAAGAAAGGAUCGACUCCGCCGCUCCAACGAUUCUCCUCUCCUCCAGCCAUGGCCGCUUCCUCGGCUCCUCUCCUCCUCUUACUCUACCUCGCCGUCGUCUCCCCGGUGGCAGCGCGCGCCGAGGACCUCCUCGCCGCGGCCCGCGCGCCGGAGACCGCCGCGUGGCUGCGCGGCGUGCGGCGGCGCAUCCACCAGCGCCCGGAGCUGGCCUUCCAGGAGCACCGCACCAGCGAGCUCGUCCGCCGCGAGCUCGACGCCAUCGGCGUCCCCUACGCGUGGCCCGUCGCGCGGACGGGCGUCGUGGCCACCAUCGGCUCCGGCGCCGGCCCGGUCGUCGCGCUCCGGGCCGACAUGGACGCCCUGCCCGUGCAGGAACUGGUAGGUUGGGAAUACAAGAGCCUGGAAGAUGGGAAAAUGCAUGCCUGCGGACAUGAUGCUCACACAGCAAUGCUUCUAGGAGCUGCCAAGCUACUUCAGUCCCGCAAGGAAGACCUAAAGGGCACCGUGAAGCUUGUUUUCCAGCCAGCAGAGGAGGGCAGCGGCGGAGCCUACUACAUUCUAGAAGAAGGUGUUCUCGAUGACGCGUCGGCGAUUUUCGGCCUGCACGUCGAUCCAGCUCUGCCGGUGGGUGUGGUUUCGUCCAGGCCAGGGCCAUUUGCCGCGACCUCGGGUCGAUUCCUGGCGACGGUCACAGGAAAAGGUGGGCACGCCGCUGGCCCCCAUAACGCCAUUGAUCCCAUUGUAGCAGCAUCGUCCGCCGUCCUGAGUAUCCAGCAGAUUGUCUCCCGGGAGAUCGAUCCCCUGCAGGGUGCAGUGGUAUCCAUCACCUUUGUGAAAGGAGGAGACGCUUACAACGUCAUCCCCGAGUCGGCCGCCUUUGGUGGCACCUUGAGGAGCAUGACAGAUGAAGGGCUGUCAUAUCUGAUGAAGAGGAUCAGAGAGAUCGUUGAAGGGCAGGCUGCAGUGCACCGUUGCUCUGCCUCCGUGGACUUCAUGGAGGAAACGAUGAGGCCGUACCCGGCUGUCGUCAACGCCGAAGGGAUGUACGCACAUGCCAAGGAGGUGGCCGGGAGGUUGCUCGGGGAAGAGAACGUCAGGGUGGCUCCCCAGCUCAUGGGUGCGGAGGAUUUCGGGUUCUACGCGCAGAGGAUGGCGGGCGCCUUCUUCACCAUAGGAGUUGGCAACGAGAGCACCAUGGAGCAGCUCCGCACAACGCACUCCCCCUACUUUGUGAUCGACGAAGAUGCGCUCCCAGUUGGAACUGCCUUCCAUGCCGCCGUGGCCAUUGAGUACAUGGAAAAGCACGCAUCGGCGUGAAAACUGAACCUGGCCAACACAAAAAUGGGCAUGAAUGGCAUUUGGGGAUGUCAAACUCAUUUCUAACGGAGUCCUCUCAACCAAAGCACGCCAUCCCACCAUUGCAUGUACUCUUACAGCCCUUUCAUAUUCCGCAUUUUUGGAUUUUGCGUUUGCACACCGGUGAAUUCAGCAAAAUUCAGGGUUCAA